AACGGGGACCUGCUUCUGCUGAGUCCGCGGUGUCGGAGGAGAGGUUGCCGGGAUCCGUGCAGGCAGCGUUGGCUCCUCCAAAAUCUCUGUCACGGCCGCAGCAUCCCCAUGGGCUCGCAGCAGCCAUCCUGGGCGAAGGGACGCGGCCACCCUGGGGUCCCGAUGGCACUGGGGUCCGUGCCCAUUGAUGCAAACCUAUAGGCUGGGUGAGGCCAUGGAGGAGGACAACCGGACAGAGACCUGGCACCGAAGCCUCCAGGCGGUGCUUAAUGCCUUGAACCAGACGCUGCACGGGGUCAUCCUCUGCCCCGCCGACCGCCCUGCCACCACCACCGCCGCCGCCGCCCGCAAUGCCAGCACCCGCGCCAGCCGUCCCGGCCGCAACGACAACGCCUACAUGUACAUCCUCUUCGUCAUGACGCUCUUCGCUGCUACGGUGGGGAGCCUCAUCCUGGGCUACACCCGCUCCCGCAAAGUGGACAAGCGCAGCGACCCGUACCACGUCUACAUCAAGAACAGGGUCUCCAUGAUCUGAGCCCGGCCCCGACGUCUCGUCCCCUCGGGAGACGGUG